AUGAUGACUUGGCUCUUCUCGCUGAGUCGUUUCCUGGUUUCAAGGGGCUUGUCUUGCUUUGUUGUGAAGGUUUUGGGACUAGUGGUAUUCGCUCUUGUUGCCAAAAAGUGCAGAAAGCUGAGAGUACUUGAUCUGAUCGAGUCUGAAGUGGCUGAUGACGAGGUGGAUUGGAUCUCUUGUUUUCCCGAGGGUGAAACCACACAUCUGGAGUCUCUGUGUUUUGACUGUGUGGAGUCACCUAUCAAUUUCAAGGCCUUGGAGGGGAUUGUGCUUAGGUCUCCCUUCUUGAAAAAGCUUAGAACCAACAGGUUUGUUUCCCUUGAAGAGCUUCAUAGGCUAAUAAUGCUUCGAACGCCACAAUUAACGAGUCUCGGGACUGGCUCAUUCAGUAGCGGCACACACGUUGAACAUGAACCAGAACCGGAUUAUGCAUCUGCUUUUCGUGCUUGUACAUCAUUAGCUUGUCUCUCAGGAUUCAGGGAUUCAAGCUUUGGCCUUUGUCUUUACUUUUCUCUAUACUCGGAUUUUAACUCAAGUGGAAGUGCAUAA